CCUUAGCGGAGGAGGGCGCCAUGGUGGGUGGCGAGGCGGCCGCUGCCGUGGAGGAGCUAAUCUCCGGUGUGCGGCGAGCGACUGACUUUGCUGAGCAGUUCCGCUCCUACUCGGAGAGCGAGAAGCAAUGGAAGGCCCGCAUGGAAUUCAUCCUGCGCCACCUGCCCGAUUACCGCGAUCCACCCGACGGUGGCGGCCGCCUGGACCAGCUGCUGUCCCUCUCCAUGGUCUGGGCCAACCACCUCUUCCUGGGUUGCAGUUACAACAAAGACCUUUUAGACAAGGUGAUGGAAAUGGCUGAUGGGAUUGAAGUGGAAGACCUGCCACAGUUUACUACCAGAAGUAAAUUAAUGAAAAAGCAUCAAAGCUAAGGCAGAAGAUUCAUCACACUUCCAUCAUUAGUUACAGACUUGGAAAGGAGGCUGGCAUGAAUGCAACAUUGACCUCAGCAGCCUCUUAAGAUUCUUGGUAUUAACAACAUGUAGGAAAGAGGCAAUUAGAAUGAAAGGGAAUCUUGUCUAGAUUGGCAUUUUUAAAGUUCUCGUUUUUCUAGUAGCUAUCCGUUUUUCUAGUAGCUAUCAUUGUAAAAGUAUGCAUGGAUAUUUAUGUGUUUAUAAAUCAUGCCCUCUUUUGUUGGUCGAAAUGUUUAAAAUGCCUAUUUUUUUUAUGUUGAUGUAAUGGCAGGUAAUGAAUUAUACACUUUGGAUUUUUCAACAGUGUA